CUCUCUCUCUCUCUCUCUCUCUUUGUGGGUGAGGUUUUUGGUUUGAUCUAACUGUUCCUUGGCGUUGUUGGUUUCAACUAUUAGAUUGUUUAGAACGAAGAAAACGCGAAACAGAAAGAGAAGUUGAAAGCUUAUAAUUAGGGCUUUUCACAGUCUCUUCACUGGUGGUGUUGUCUAUUGUUCAUCAGAGGUCAGAUGUGCACCAGAGGACAUUGGAGGCCUGCUGAAGAUGAGAAGCUCCGGGAAUUGGUCGAACGUUGUGGACCGCAUAAUUGGAAUGCAAUAGCCGAGAAGCUACAGGGAAGAUCAGGGAAGAGUUGUAGGUUGAGGUGGUUCAAUCAGUUGGACCCGAGAAUCAAUCGAAGCCCUUUCACAGAAGAAGAGGAGGAAAGACUUCUUCUUUCUCAUCGAGUUCAUGGGAAUCGAUGGGCGAUAAUCGCGAGGCUUUUCCCUGGUCGUACUGAUAAUGCAGUGAAGAAUCAUUGGCAUGUGAUCAUGGCUCGAAGAUGCAGAGAAAGGUCAAGGAUGUAUGCAAAGAGAGUUCAUCCAACGGCGAUAAUUGACCAGAAAUCCUUAUCGAAUCUACAUAUGCCGUUGGAUCCCAAGAAAAGGGUUUUUCUACCCUUUGAUGAGAAAUACCCUGAUAGAUUUGAAUACCCUUUUGAACAUAACUGUGCUCUAAAUUUCUCACAACUACACUAUGACAAUGGGGUUCAUCUUAUGAAGAUGGAUGAAGAUAGAAGUCAAGCUGUGGAGUUUUAUGAUUUUCUUCAAGUAAAUACAGACUCUAACAGAAGUGAAGUCAUCGACCAGGCAAGAAGAGAUGAUGAAGAGGUAGAGCAAGAAGCAACUGAACAGCAAAGCACCCCUAGAGUCACAUACAUAGAUUUCUUAUCAGUUGGAGGCUCCUCUUAAGUUCUCAGUCUCUUGGUGAUAAGGACAAAA